AUGGCGAUCAAACUGCUAUUGCUAGCUGUUGCAUUGUUGACCUGCCUUUCGCAGGGUGAAGCUAUAAACUUCAAGAAAUUAUUCAAUCUACAAGCAACACCGGCACCAUCACCAUCUACAUACACAAUUACUAUUAGUCCCACAGCUGUCUCGCCUUCUACAACUACGUACACACCAACACCACCAUCUAUUACAACAGUAACGCCGACAUCGACAUCGCCAUCCGUAACAACAUUGCUUACUCCGCCUGCUACGGGUACUGGAACCGGUACUGGAACCGGUACCACAACUGGAACUCGUGCAAUGGCUGAUGAAGGAGAUGGUGGUAGGAGUCGUAGACGACGCAGACGCCGUGGCCGUAGGGGUCGACGUGGUGGUAGACGUGGAAGGCGUGGUAUUAGAAGACGCGGUUGA